CUCCGGUGUCCGUCAUGGCCAGCCAGUCUCAGGGGAUCCAGCAGCUGCUGCAGGCGGAGAAGAGAGCGGCGGAGAAGGUGGCGGAGGCCCGCAAACGUAAGAACCGUCGUCUGAAACAGGCUAAAGAAGAAGCUCAGGCUGAGAUCGAACAAUAUCGACUGCAGAGAGAGAAAGAGUUCAAGACCAAAGAGGCUGCUGCCCUCGGUUCCCAUGGCAACAGUGCGGUUGAGGUGGACCGCGACACGGCCGAGCGAAUGGGUCGUAUACAGGCCAGUUACCGUGGUAACCGGGAGGCAGUUCUGGGCGAGCUGCUGCGUCGCGUGUGUGACAUCCAGCCCGAGUUUCACGCUAACUACCGCGUGGCUGGCUGAGGGGCGGGGCCACAGCGCCAGGAGGGGGCGGGGAAAACAGAAGAGUCACGCAUAUUAGCAACAUUAGCUUGAUUAGCUUCAAUCAGCCCAAAAUGACCUGUUUUAUAUUGGAGGUGUCUUCCUGUUUUCCUGCUCUGAGCGCCACCGCCAUUGUUGAUAAAUGUUGUUACUGUGUUGAUGUUUACAAAAUAUUUUUAUUUAUCAGAUUUAAUGCUUCGAAUCUUUCCUGGAUCUAACAAAAUAAAAGCACAGGAAAUCAGCCAAUCGGGCAUCGGUUUAAGUAAUCUGUUGACAUCAGACGAGACGGCUGAUUGGUUGUUUUUCUCUGCACUCUCUCCUCCAAUCAGGACUCUCGACUCCUUUCUGUUCUCUGACCCGAUUGGCUGAAGAAAGUGGAAAGGCUUUUAUUGUGGAACUCUUGUGCAUUUCCUGUGUGUGUUCAUGUGACUUCCUGUUUACGUUGUUGACCUGAUGACUUUUGUUGUGUCUGAAGUGAUGAUGAUGAUGAUGAUGAUGAAAAACAAACAAAACAUUAAAGUAACUGUUGAUUGGC